GCAGAAUAGUGAUAAAUGUUUGAACACUUGCGAAUGAGCCGAUAAGCUACAAAGUGGGCUCGUGCAGCGGCUCAAGUGACUGUUUACAUGAUACAACGACUGUCAAUACAACAGCUUGUAAUGCCGGUGAAACUUGUGAGAUACAGAUGUUCCGUAUUUAUCAUGAAAAAAUAAACUACAGUUUCAAGUCUCCACAUGCGGUUUUCGCCACUACAUUGUAACUACCACACCUAAGGAAGAAAAUGAGACAGGCUGCUUAGCAACAGUAAUAAAGUUUAGUAAUAAUUUAGGAAUGUCCCAGUUUGUCAGUAUAUCUAUUGUGUAUAUAAGAAAGCAUCACAAAACGGCUGAUGAAUCUGCACAGAACCUUACAAAUGGAUUCACUUGUAAAGUUUAUUGGUAAGUGUUUUUCAUGUACUAUAAACUAUGCAUGAGUCACCUUUCUUUAGCUAUAAAAUCAAAUUCAAUUGAAAGCGUAAGUAUAAGUGUAAGGUAUCAAAACUCAAAAUAGUUAUUUUCCACACUAUGCAUACAAAUAAAAUACACGAAUAAUAUCAGUACAUUUCACGUAUACAUUUUACUACAACAGGUACAUGUAAUGAAGUGUUUUGUUAUUAUUAAAGAUUUCUCUUGGAAACUGAUUGUUUUUUUAACAUGGUUCUUUCUAUUUAUCGUAGAUAAGCACCCGAAAAAAACUCGUUUUUUCAACAAAUAGUUUGGUCAUACAUGCGCUUUCGAAUACAAUUACUAAAUGAACCUUUAAAAUAUUGUAAAGCUAAAAGAUUGGUGAAUCAUAAAAUAAUCAUUUAGAAUCAUAAUUUCAAUCUAUUUCAGCUACAAACAACAUUAAAGCAGGAUAAUGCAUGUUUCUCUGACUCUUGCUGAAAAUAUAAAUGGCUGUAUAAAUAAACAAGUAUAUACAGUCUACUCGGGUAUUCAGAAACAAUUUAAAAUGCGGCUCACUUUGAACGUUUUACAGCUGAUUACUACAUAUAGUCCGACAAAAAAGAAUUUUUUUUGGUAAACUUUGCUGUUAAUAAACCGCCAUGGGUUAUAAAAGUUACCCUUUUCAAGCGAAAACACGUAAGAAUGUCGUAUAUUGACUCGAUAUGCUUGUUUUUGUCGAGAAAGUAUAGAGCUGCAUUGUUCAGGACUCGAGAUGCUGAUUUUUGUCGACAUAUAGAAGGCUAUACUUCCUUAUUGUCCGCUGAUGUACGCAAAUAGAUAUACCUAUUACACUAUUAGUACAUUGUAUAUAAAUUUGAAAUACCAAACAUCACCAUACAUUUUUCUGUUCUAUUCUAUACUCAAAUGCAUGUACUUGUUCCUUCAUAACUUGUGCCUCAGUUCUCAUUCAUCACUUUUAAGCAUUUUACCACUACUUUCGUCUGAACCAUUUUACAAGCCACUAUGAAUAACAGUGAUGAAAUAAUAGCAAUGAAAAGCUCAUUGUUUAUGGUUUUAUUCUUCAAUCAAACCGAGCCUGCAACAUUUUCGUUUUUGCCGUGUUGAGCGGCCUGUGAAGUUUCCACUUUUCUCUAUUUUAUUUAAAUUUAAUUAUUUUAUGUGAUUUGAACGGUCACGAAGUUAACGUGGCAUUCCGAAUCCCACUUUACUAGAGUCCGUAGGGUAGAAAUGCUAAAUAAGGCCGGGAAGAUUUGAAUAUAAGGCAAAUUAAGCAAUAUUACAUAAAUCGGAUAAUGUUUGAUGGUUUACUCUUGAAUAUACAAAAACGAAAUUGUACAUAUUGAAACAUUUGAAAAUUGGUUUGGAGUACUCGAGAACAAUGUGCAUAUGUUUCUGAUUCUAAAACAGUGCUUGUCGCAACGUAUGUUAUUGUAAGUGUAGAAGAAGACAUGACAAAAGCAAUGAUUGUAAACACAACAACACCGGUACCUUUGUCUGGAAAAGCAAGCAAACAACCAGAUUCAUUUUCAAAACAAUCUACUAAACAAACGAACGAAUCCAGGGAAACAACACUAACAAAUCUUAUAAAUACGUUAUCUAGUACUAAAGCUUCAACUCUUUGGACUAACUUAAACACAGCAGCUUCGAUCAAGGAAGAAACUCUUUCGAACAAAGCAACGAUGAUAUAUCCACCAUCAACUGUGGAACAUGCAAGUGAAAUAAGAGCUAAUAUACAACAAUCGAACGACACUGAAGAAAAAGCAUGGUUUUCAAGAAAUUCCUCCGCACCAGAAGAACAAUUUACUAAGGAAACGCACGUAUCGAAUGAAACAACCCUUACAACAGUUACAGAUACAUCCCCAAUAUCGGCUAGUACUAACGUGUCAGGACUUUUAACAAUAAUAACCACAGGAGGUUCGACCAAAGUUAACCCACUUUCAAAUGAACCAAAAAUGAUAUCUACAUCUCCAACGAUAUUUUCUACAAAGUCGUUAUGGACUUUAUCUAAGUCUACGGGUUCAGCCACCAAAGAAUCGACCUUCUUUGAAUCAGAAUCGACAAGUUUUGAAUCUUUAAGAAAUAAAUUGACAAAGCUGUCAAAACAACCAUAUCAGUCAAGAAAUGUGAUUACUACUCCAAAAUCAGAUUUUUUGGUAAAUCAAACUUCAGAGGUACAGGUAUCAACAACAGAGACUAAAGUUUGCAGGACUGGAUCAUGUAGUGGUGCAGACAGCUGCGUAGACACUCUUGCUUACAUGUCAUGCGAUAAUGGUGUUUGUAUGAAAAUUGUAACAAGAUACAAUGGUACGUACAGUGACUAUGUUAUGAGCUGUAAUACCACCUACACCACCUGCGACAGCUUUUUGACUUCUGCUGCAAACGCUACACCCGGUUCAACGUGUUGUGACACAAGCUCGUGCGAUAAGUACAUCUCUGCACCAGGCAAUUUUGUGCAACCUGUUUCUGCGAAUAUGUUAUUACUGGUAAUCAUGGCAGUGUCAUGUUACCUUCUGGUACUGUGAAGAAUUAUGCUUCAAUAACUAAAUAUUGAAAGUAUAGCUGUAUUUGCUGAUGCAGUCGUUUAUAUUAAAAGAUAACAGAAGACAUGUAACAAAGACAGAGUUAUUAUUUAUUACUUGUAUGAGGAAUUGAUAAGAUACGAGUUGCAAUGUGUAAAAAUAUAAGUUAGAAACAAUCAAUACUGUUAUAUCCGUUUUAGGGAUUGUUUAUUGUUUCCUUGGUUCUCAGCCUCCGUAAAUAAUGUUUAUUAUAUGAUGCGCUGAAGGUUCCGUAUUCAAUGGGCCAAUUCGUUUUAUAUUAGUGGCAUACGCCGUUACUCACCUAGCACCCGGCUAGACAUUCGGUUAGCUUCCCGGCACCAACCGGGUCUAUCCUGCGUACGCCGAUACAGCCUGUAUAGCGAGAUAGGCUAAGCGGCAAAUAGGAAUUCGGAAAAUAAUACGAAUAUUUGUGCUAUAUACCAGUAAAGACUGAAACGUACCACAAGAAAAAUUUCGCAAACUUAAUUGGAACAGACACAAAAGAAAAUCAUAACAAAGUAGAAAUUUAUCAUCUUUUACUUGCAGCCCACGUGGGCCGUUCAUUUAUUACAAUUCGGCAAAACAUUUUCUCUUGCCACUAACGGCGUGUCCCGGUUGAGGUGGAGCGAUCUAGGUCGGUGACAUUCUGGUCCUAUAUUUCCCGUAGUGUCUCUAGAGUUAUUUAACACUUUCUUGUUGAAGUGUCGCUCAACUAUCAUCACUUGCUUACUUGUUUACCUUGAU